AUGGCUUCGCUGGCCGUAAGAAUUUCGUUCGUUUGCGCCGUUGUUACCGUGUUGGCCUGCACCGUCUUAUCCCUGCCGACGACCGCGCAACAACAGCAAGAAGACGGAUUCGCGUCCGGAGGGUUCGGCUCGGUCCUGUGGUCCGUACUGGACGGCUGUUUCGACGGCGAUUCGACCGAACCGGCCGCGGUGUGUCUCAAGUCGAAAGCGCUUACCGCGCUGGACCGGGCGAUCGCCAAGCCCACCGUGGCCGUCGCGAACGGAGUAUCGCUGAGUUCCCGGGCGGGCAGGUCUCUGCAGAUCGACGCGUCGGCCGAGGAAGCCGACCGCGCCGCCCUGCUGGCCGCCAAGGACCCGGACCACAAGAACGCCCUGUUGGACGAUAUGUUGGCCAGCCGGCUGGACACGCUGGUGUCCACGAAGACGAUCGUUCUGGACGGAUCGGCCGUACAAGAAGGUGAGUUUCGUGCCGGCCAAACGUGUAAUAUUAUAGACCCGUACGUACAACUAUACAGUUAACGCGCGAACGGCCCUGCGCGAUGGUUUUCACGACUUAAUUCGCGAGUGGGCGUACCCCAGCUGUUGAUUUAAACUGUAAUGCAACUUUCAAUGUGCCGUCAAAAUUAAAUCAACUUAACCCAUCUAUUUGAAAUCAUUCAGUCAGUCAGUCCAGUCACUGUUUAUUAUUAGAAUUUUUUUAAUCGAUAAAAAACAAAAAAAAAAGCAAAUUUUCAACACGCACAUAGGUAUAGAUACUUAAACUACGGUCAAAUAUUUAAAAUGCCGAUCUCCCGUUUUCAAUUAAAAUUGAUUUCGCCGUUCUACUGCAAAGUCCUGAAACAAUUGACUGAUCUCCUUUUGCACGCGCACCCGCUAAGUAUGUAAUAAAUAUUACGUUUGGUUUUGCUUCCACAUCAGGUCGCGGUAAGAAAAAGCAACAGAAGUCAAUACAACAAGCCAUCAUGAUGGCCGGCAUAAUGGCCGUCGCUGUCCUUGUACCGAUGUCGUUCAGUUUCAUCGCCCUGUUGACCGCUAAGGCACUGUUGGUCAGCAAAAUCGCACUGGUCAUGGCCAGUCUGCUGUCGCUCAAGAAACUCCUCCAGCCCCAUCAGAGUACCAGUCAUUCGAUCGAGGUGGUGCCGGAACCUCAUUACAACCACAACGCCGAACACGACGCUCACAGCAGUCACAACAUGGCGUACUCGGGCUAUUCGAAAUAG